GCAUGUCAAAUUGCAAAACUACAACUACCACAAACUCCAAAUAAAUCUUAUUAUUCAAGUGAUAAAGAGAAAACAAAAACACACUGCGACACUCAAAGAUGAUCCAUCAAGCUUUGGCUCUCCCCCGUUUGGCUCACCCAUUUCUCACUAGAGGAUUUGGGUCUAAUGGAGGCGUGUUUCUCCAUCAGUCCCGAACAAAGAACCAAGGAGUAGCAUUUUCAGCUGCUGAUGAUGAUCGAUUCGCCAGUUCCAAGUCGAUUCAGACAAGCUACUGCUCUUAUAGGAAAGUAGUGGAGCAUGUGUGUUUACUGAAAGCGAAGCAGAGUUUGUUGUCUGAGGAGAAGGAAAAAGAUAUGCUUGACUAUCUUUACACUUCUCAGUACCAAAUGAGAGGCAUUGUCGCUAUCUCUGUAGGUAGCAUUGGUGAUAAAAGCAGUGGAGACUUCACACACGCUCUCUUUGUGCGGUUCCAGAGGAAGGAAGACCUUGAGAUGUUCUAUGAGAACCCUCUCUUCUUGAAAGUUCUCAACGAACAUGUAACACCAUUCUGCCAUGGGCUAACUAAUGUGGACUAUGAAUCAGAGGUUGAAGAUGACAUCCUUUCAAUAUUUCGAAAGGGCGAGGAGUACAACUACGGCGAGGAGUUUGUUCUUCUAGUUACUUUUGCCAAGAACGCUUCAGAGAAGAACAUUAAAGAUGCAAUGGAUUCUUUUGCGCAGCUAACUUCAUCUCUUCCAUCUUUAAUUGUUCAGUCCACACAAGGUUCAAACUUUAACGAGAGCAGUGAGGAAUUCACACAUGCCGCAGUAGUUCGAUUCCGUUCCUGUAAUCAUUUUUCCAAAUUUACCAACAGUUUGUUUUCCUCACUUAAGUCUCAUUCUCAUUCUUGCUUAUGCCACUUCCUGCAGUUGACGCCAUGGAGAUUUUCGUUGAGGGCAGAGAGUAUAAAGAUAUGUGGAGAUGUCAAUUCGAGCCGUUCGUAGAGAAAACAGUAGCUCUUCAUUUCUCUGUGGAUCCUGUGGGUACAGAUGUCAUGUGAGUCCAUAUCACACAACAUUUCAAAGUUUCAACCAGACAUGUAAAGGUUUCUUGCAAUGCAUUCUCAACAAGGUUCUCACUGUUUCUUCUGAUACAACAAAACUUGUUGGUUGCAGUAAAAUUCAUAUAUAUUUUGUUGCUAGUCC